AAAAAUUACGAUGUAAAACGGACGGGAAGAUAAUGGAAAAGAUAAUUUUUUUAUUCAACAUCGAUUGUGCGUUAUAAUCUGCAACCCGUGCCCGUUUUAUAACGGACACGAUUUUUAUGAGACAAUAAUACAGGCGAUUGCAUCAUUUCAGCAACUACGAUAUUUAUUGAAAUGCGGCGAUUUGAUUGCGUGCGCAUCAGGUAAGAUCAAGGUGACGCAUGAUUUCGUGUAGGAUCGAAACAUGUGGAACGAUCGUAGAGCAUGUCACUGGCGGGACCUUUUGCGCAUGCGCGAGUAACGUCAUCGCCCAGGUGACCGAUCUUGGCAGACUCGUGCUCGAGUACAAUACAGGAUGCACCUACAGACAAGUUGUAGAAAUGUGCACGUUAUUCCUUUUGACAUUUCCCAUCUCUUGGCGCUCACAAGGGGUGCAACGCUAUUCUUAUUACGGUAAAGUUGCAACGUGGUAAACGGUGAUAAUUUGUUCCAUAAGCGACGAAAGGAAGAAUCUUUCCGGGAGAAAGUGCAUGCGUCCUGGAGCACACAUCCUUAAGGAAAAUAUGACGGCGGAAAAUGCGCAGAUUCAAGGUCACGCGGUAAACGGCGUUACCGAGGACGAGGAUGUUGUGACACCAUGGAUAGUUACCAGUAAUAAUGACUCCGGAAUUGAUUACGACAAGUUAAUUAGAAAAUUCGGAAGCUCGAAGAUAGACGAUGAGCUAUUAGCUAGAUUUGAAAAGAUUACUGGCAAGAAACCACAUCACUUUCUCAGAAGAGGAAUAUUCUUCUCUCACAGGGAUAUGCACACUAUUUUGAAUCUCUAUGAACAGGGAAAGCCUUUUUAUUUGUACACAGGUAGAGGACCUAGUACUCACGCAAUGCAUCUGGGACAUCUCAUACCCUUUAUGUUCUGCAAAUGGCUGCAAGAUGUUUUCAAUGUUCCUUUAGUUGUACAGUUGACAGAUGAUGAGAAAGCUAUAUGGAAGAAUAUAAAGAUAGAAGAUGCCAUUACACUGGCUUAUGCUAAUGCUAGAGAUAUUAUCGCUUGUGGCUUCAACCCUGAGAAGACGUUUAUCUUCUCAAACUUGGAACACAUAGGAAAUAAUCCAACAUUCUAUCAAAAUAUGAUCAGGAUACAAAGAUGCGUCACAUUCAAUCAAGUAAAGGGCAUUUUCGGAUUUGGAGAUAGCGAUCCAAUCGCAAAGAUCUCGUUUCCACCGACACAAGCGGCGCCGGCUAUUUCUAGCUCAUUUCCCUUCAUCUUCAAGGAUGCCAAAGUGCAUUGUCUAAUACCGUGUGCAAUCGAUCAAGACCCGUAUUUUCGUAUGACGAGGGACGUGGCGCCUAAACUAGGUUUUCCCAAGCCGGCCUUGCUUCACUCAAGCUUUUUCCCAGCAUUGCAAGGAUCUAAGACGAAAAUGUCGGCGAGCGACAACAACACGGCAAUAUUUCUCACAGAUACUGCCAAGCAGAUCAAGAACAAAGUUAACAAGCAUGCAUUUUCGGGUGGUCAAGCGACCAUAGAAGAGCACCGACAACUUGGUGGUAAUUGCGAGGUGGAUACAUCUUAUCAGUGGCUACGAUUUUUCUUAGAGGACGACGAGCGACUGGAACAAAUCAGAAAAGAUUACACUAGUGGAGAAAUCUUGACAGGCGAAUUGAAGAAGGAGCUGAUUGAUAUAUUACAACGACUUGUCGCUGCGCAUCAAGAAGCGAAAAGUAAAAUAACGGAUGACGUGAUCAAACAAUUUAUGGUCCCUAGAGAUCUCGGCUUUGUAUCGAAAAUGAAGUAACACGUACGCAUAACAUGCACCGAACUAUGCGAGAUAUUAUUUAAAUUCACCCUAUAUUUUCGCGGUAUUUAUUUAUUUAUUAUAAAACGAUUAUUGCAAAGUAUUAUAACAAACAAUUACAAAGUACAUUCUAUAACUUCCGCGCCUUCUUUUCGCGUUAUAAAAGAUUAAAUAUUAUUUUUUUGAUCUGCCUUUUCAAUCUGCCUUAUUAAAAAAUGAUCUUGUAUAGCUUUGUAUAAAUACUCUUUUGUAAAAAAAAAAAAAAAAGAUGUACAAAUUUCUUGUGCAAAUUUCAUGUUCUUUUAUAGGAACAUAUUUGCGACUUUUUUCACCAACAAUUUGAAAAACACCGAUCAAUCACAGCGCACUGCAAGAUAGCGAUGUAAAAAUAAAGGAAAAAAAAAA